UUCACGAUCCGGACAAAAGCAGCAGUCUAUUUGAAGGAGGGGAGCGAGGGAAGGGAAAGGAUGAGAGAUAUCGAAGGGGAAGGGGUGAGGGGAGGAGGUGGUGAAGCUGCUGCGAAGAGGAUCGGGUUUUGGGCUCUGUGCGUUGCAUUCAGCGGAAAGGGCUGAGGGUUGAGAUUUUAUGGGAGCGAAGGAGGGGUUGACAGAAGAGAGUGAGCACACAUCGGGGAAAAUGGCAUGACGUGGUGCUGUUUCCGCUGCGUGCUCACUUCUCUUCCUGUCAUCCAACCUUUGUUGUUCUAUCCUCCUGUUCUCGUCGCUCGAGAGCAACGCUCGCUAUCUCUUCUCGGGAGUCCCAUGCAUCGGUCUUAUCUGUCUGCUCGUCUCGGGAGUUCCAUGCAUCGAUCUUAUCCGUCGGCUCGUCAGAUUUGUGUGGCAAAGUGUGGUGGAUGGUUUCCGAGGGAAAAAGCGUGACUUUUGAGAAGGAAAGAGAGUACAGACCGCCUCUGUCCGGACCGAAUUGAAGGGAACAAUCGAGAGGGAGGAAGAAACUAGAAAGAGUACAUUACGCUACUCCCAUCACUCAGCGGUCUGUGCGGCCUGAACGGAGGCUACUGUUUGGCAAGUCCUAGCUUUCUUCUUGUUCUCUUCCCUUCUGUGUGUUUCUUUAGUUUCUUUGCUUUCCCUUGUUUCUUGAUGGUUUUAACUAGGGUUUGGUGGUAAGCUAAUAAAAUUUAUGGAGAAGAGGAGCCCUCGGUGGUUUGUCUCUAUGGCGGCUUCGUGAGGGCGGAGAAAGCUUCAGCUUUGAUGAGGCACCAUGAAUCAUUAGCAUCUCUUCCUUCCAAUUGUGUUUUCCCCCUUUCGUGCAACCGUUUUCUCACUUUUAUUUGUUGUUGCUUCGCCAGGUUGAAAGAAGAUUCAGUUUUGAUGGCAUGCCAUGAGUAGUAAGCAUCAUUACCUUCCUAUUUUGUUUAUUAUGCUUCCCUUAUUUCUUUCUUUUGGUCAUCUUUGCACUGAAAGGUUCGAUUAUUUUUAUCUUCUCCUGUGACUAUCUUUGCACUCAAAGAUUCCCUUUCUGUUUUUUUGCUUUGUUUAAAAGACAGAAAUGUCUAUGGUUUCCGGAUAAUGAAACACUUUAGUUUUCUUUAUCUCUUUCCUUUUUUUACAUCUUUUCUCGAUGAUGAUGAAAACUCUUGAAUGUUGAGCUACUUUUAUGUUCUGGAUCUGGGUGUCAUCGCUUACAUUCACCAUCUUCAUAUUUGUCAUUCUACAUGCCUUUGUUGAACUAGAUGAGCCAGUAGAGUAAAAAGGAACGAUCUUUCUAUGCCUUCCCAUAUCAAGCAUUCAGGUGCCUGUGCUCCACAUAAGCUUUUGUUGUUUUUUUUCCAAUUUGGUGGUGGUACCAUUUCUGCAAUAGCUUAUUCCAUGAUGAUCUCUCCUUGGUUCAUUAUCCUCUUGCCUGAAGAUCUUGUUGCUUUUCACUGUGGAAACCGCAACUUUAUGCCCUUUGAUAUUUGGCUUAUCCUAGCUGUCUUUCUCCCUUCUUAUUUUGUCCACCACUCUCUCCUUUAUCUGGUGUGAUACUAUAAGAACAGACUGUUACACCAAUGAGAGCCCCACAAGUUGUUUUAGAAGAUGGCUCUUUUCUGGUUGCGGUCCAGUCAUGGUGGUCCAUCCAUUCAUUUGUUUCUCUGUCGUUUGUGGUUGAAGGAAUGAUUCAUUGCAUGACCAUUGAUGAAGACAUUUUUAUUGUUUUCUUCACCCGUGGAAGGAAGGUUAUCUUUUGUAUAUUCUUCUUUCUAUGGUAGCUUCAGUUUGUUGGAUUGCUUAAGAUUGUUCACUAUCAAUUUAAUUUAGCCAAAAAUAUAUAUAUAUAUGACGAUAUUAGGACUUUUGUUGUAUUAGUUGAGUUGGUGAUGGUUAGUUUUUAGGGAGAACAUAGUUUGUGUGGCAGAAUUGGCCACUCAUUGAGAGGAAUAAUUUCUGGACUAGGUUGACAGUGAUUUUAAAUUGGAAGUGCAAGAGUGGUUCACUUCCAAAGGCAUUGGGAUUUUCAGGUUUUUCUGUGUAGAUUGUUGGCUCAGAUUAUCAAUGUUAUAGUGCAAUUUUUUGGACUUUUUGAAUUCUGAUUAAGGAAAGCCUAAUUUGGAAGUUCGAAGUCCAUGUUUAUUAGAGAAGGAUUCUGGGUACAAGGUUUCCAUCGGAGGAUAUGAUUAUUCAACUGGAUUUUUUGCCGGGAUGGGUUCUAGUAAGAGAAAGCAAUUAGGUUCUUUUUGCUUUUAUCAGGAAAUGUAGUAAUGUGCUGGAUGAGGUUGUUUUGGUACCAAGGAGCGAUCUACUAGCAAGUUCCUUUACUAUAAGACUGUUUAAAGUAUAAAAGGAAAUAUAUAUAAUUGAAACUCAAAUUAUUGAGAUUUUUUGGAACUUUUUGUCAAAACCACUCUGUUUGUUUUGCUGCUACAACUCAGAGAUGUGAACUAAUAUUUACUGAGCAUGAUUAGUUUAUUGAGUGUCCAUUAUUGCUCUAGUCUUGAGAUUUUAAGUUAUUCAUGAUGAUGCAUCAUCACUAUCAUUGAGGAGAAUAAUAGGACUUUUCUUCAUAGUUUUUUUCUCCAUGUAUUUUGUUUAGCUAACAUAAUUUCAGAUCAAUAAGUUAAUGGUGGUAAUAGUUAUCAUAUGCCUUUCCUUUUUUUCACCUUCUUUAAGAUAAAACUUGUGUGUAAGCAAGCAUGGUAUGAAAGGAAAAUUUUACUCAUAUGCUCCUCUUCUAACCUCUACAAUAAAGCUUGUAUAGUUGUAGAUGUCUAGAUUACUGUGAUUUUGGGACCCCCAUUGUUGGUAGUUGGGAUGCAUAUCAUCAGUUGAGGGCCAUCGAUAGGAGAAUUGGAAAACUCCACUUCAAUGUGGAUCUACAAUAACUAUGACUAGUCUUGACACAGUGUCCAUGAAAAAUAGUUGUUCAUGUUGUGUCUUUUAGCAAAAUGACUUGUAGUAGUCCACUUAGCUUCCAUCUGCCAUAAGCUUUAUAUAGAUGGAGAAUGUUAUCAUUGAACAAAUAAGGCAUUACAUUUACGUAUGUUAGGUACAAUUUUAAUAUAGGAGAGACAUCAUUGUCGUAAUAUGACUCAGAUAAUAAAGAUCAAAUGCAAAUGUUGUAUCAAAGGUAAAUAAGAAUGAUCUUGUUGAUUUUUAACUUGAUCAUCCUCAUAUAGCAAUUUCAAUUCAUAUUUUUCAUAAUUGAUUUCCCUUUUUUGUCUUUGUCUAGUCAGCUGACAAGUCUCUUUCUCCAAUUCAAUUUGCUAUUUACCCAGCUGAAGGCCUUGGCAUGCAGACUGUUGAAUUGUUUCUUGAGGAAGGUUCAGUUUGAUUGGUUUGCUUCCUGUCUUCUAAUCCCUUGUAUAUAUGUUGCUGUCUGGACUUGGUUCUUUCUUCCUAAAGACAAACUAGGCUUCAAUGAGUUUGCAAGAAUUGACUUACUCCAAAGAAUACAAGGAACAUGCAUAUGGGUGGCCCAGAAUUUGAAUAGACAUUUUUAUUCAAAUGCCUAGUAGGAUUAUUUUAAAGGCAAAGUAACAAGAAUCAUCUUCAGAUUACAAUAGAAUGAAAUCGAGACAAAACUUUUAUCAUAGAGUCAGAUUUCUCAACGUAUAUACAUCAAGUCUACUUUUUAAUAAUGGAAAACAUUCUUUAAGAAAAAACACUGAUGGAUAACCCAUGACUUAACGAAAGUACAUCCAAUCACAAAAAAACAUGCCAUGAUGUUCCAACUAGUUGUGUAUGCUACUUAAUCCCUUCCUACAACUGAGCUCUUUUUAUGAAAGUAUUACUGCUCAAACUAAGAACAAUGAAACCUUAUUUUAUUUUAUAAAUGAAGUUUCUUAGAUCACCUCUACCUCUCUUAAUACCAUUAAUCUUGAUUCAUCUUGUCUAACUAGAAAGUUUAUAGGUCUUCUUUAGACAUGUCAAACCAUUUAAGUAGUUUUCGCUUACUUUUUCUAUCAAAACUACACCUAGUUAUUGAUGAAUGUAGUAAGCAUUUCUUACUCUAUAUUAUGGGAACAUCUUGCAUCCAUCUCGGCAUCCUCAUAUCAAACCGCCGGAGAUUUCAAACAAAAUACAAGGGUGUCAUCCCACAAAUUGCUUGCUUACAAAUGUUGGUCUCUGCAUUUGAUUUUCUGAAUUGGGUUGUUCUAGUAUCCUCAUGACGAAUUGCCUAUUCUUGGUGAUGUUUGGCUAACAAACCAAAAUAGGUAGGUUGGUGUUGAAUGCCACAAACUAAAUUUCCUUAAAAACAUUCCUUGGUAAUUGGUUUUCACAUUUGGGUUGUAGUUGAUUUAGUAUGUCAGUAUAAUUUUUGACUGAUUCCUAGUUUAAUUGGGGAUCAUGGUUAUGAGCUUAGUAUCAAAUUGGCAUUAGCAUUUGUUUUAAUUUAUAGUUUUUCUUAGUUUUGCAUGAUUAACUAUUUCUGUAUUACUCAAGGAUGGGUUCCAUUUGUACACGUUCCCAAACAUUGAAUUAACUAGGAGCCUACUUGAGUUACCUGUAAUCCUGGUGAAGAUUCUGAUAUUUGGACGAUCCACUCUUACAGCAAAGGUGAUGGGUUCCUUCUCUUUUUGCCAGUCAUCAUGUUUGAAUUUCAUUCUUUAGAACUAGUUCAUGCAAGCAGUCAAAUAAUUAAGAAUUUCUUAUGAUUACAUACUCACGUAUGGGUUCUAUUUGGGCACAUCCCAAACAUUGGACACACAAACUAGGAGCCUACUUGAGUUACCAGUAAGCCCAAUGGAGAUUGUGAUAUUAGGAAGUUUCACUCUUACGGCAAAGGCAAUGGGUUCUUUAUCUCUUUGCCAGUUAUUAUGUUUAAGUUUCAUUCUAGUUUAUGCUAGCCAUCACUAAUUUUCUGUUUGAGCAAUCUCAUUCAUAAUCUAUUUGGUUUAGUUAUUACUAGGUUUGACCAAAGGAACUAUAAGCCUUGUGACACAGCACCUGUUAAAUUGUAGAUUUAGUUGGUACCUUAGAUGGAACAUGCAAUUUCUUCACUGAGGUAAAGUCCAUCUAAUAACUCUGCUUUUUGUAAUGUUGAAGCCCAUGUCAACAAAUUAUCUUGUAACUUGUUUAAACUGAUGUUAGUCUAGUUUAUGUAAACAUGACAUUCUUGACUUCAGAAAAAAAAACAACAAACAAAAUAUUGCAGUCUAAAGAUGUAUUAUGGUAAAAGCCCUCUGUAAUAUAAGAGUCUCACAUUAGCCAUUUUUGCUGACCUCCCACAAGUUCACAUAAAGAGAAAAUAGUCAAAUACUUUAACUAGAAGAAAGUAUCAAUUUUUGCACCAUCCAUAGACUAAGGCUUCAAAGAUGCCUUAGUCCAAUCAACAAUCAAAAUUUCAAAAGAAGUUCUGAUCUGCAUGCAAUCAAGGAAUCACAAGCAUAUGCAGCUGCAUAUGCAAUUUAAUUAAAAUAUUCAAAAUUAAUAUUUAAUUGAGUGUAAGUAAAGACUGCACAAUAAAGUCCAAAGUCCAAACUUAUUAUUAUGCUAAGACCCAAGCAAAAAAUAUAUUGAUUUAUUCUCAAUGAAGAACUUAUUUAGGUGAUAAGUUACAAAAAAUAAAUGUGAUGUCUCACAUUUAUGGAUAUACAUAGUAGUAUCAAGAUAAUAAGAAUACUUGACGCAAUAUGGACAAAAAGGAAAUAUGAAUCACAUACAUGAUCAUGUUUUCAUGCAUUUUGUUGUUGAUCUUGAUCUCAAUCAAAAUCAAACACUAACUAAUACUGACUCAUCUUGUAGAGGUGGGAAACCUUUCACCAUAUUUCUUAUACAAAUAAGAAAACUUCCAUUUUUUAUAUAAAAAGGAACUUCAAAUCUGUACGGUCUUAAGAGGGUGCUUUCCGCCAAACUUUAGAACAGUUAUGAGAUUUUAAAAAAUAAUGGAGUUUGUAAGUCCCUGAAAGUCCAUCCAAAAAGACAUUCACAUGAUAUUGCAAUCAAGUGAAAAUGCAAAAAAGACAUCCAACUAUAUUUAAAAUAAGUUUAAAAAUGUGGAGGACAAUUUUAAUAAUCCAAACCUUUGAUUCUAAAUAAAAGAUUUUUGUUUGCGUUCAACUUCAUGUAUAGUCUUGCACCUAGUGUUUUGCUGAAUAAACUUAAGAUUAUGAUUGCAUUGCAAACCUCAAAUAUUUGUGGAACGUAUCCUUUGACUACCUGCUAGAAACAAAAUUAUAAUCCUCCUUGCGGUAGGUGUGACGACAUAUGGUAAACCAUCCUUUAAUGUUGGGUAAAACUAAAUGAGAAUAUUUUUAAUCAUCGGAUAGAGGAGAAUACCCAUGAUGAUAGAUUUCUUAAAUGCCUUAAAAGUGGUUUGGACUACAUACUAUGCCAAUUAUGAUGUUUAUUGCUUCACUCUGAGCUUCAUCUGCAACUCAGUUUUAGUACCAGUAUAGAUAACCAGAUAUGCUUCUACUAUAUAGUGCAUAAGUACUACUUGUAUCAGGCAUCCAAUAUGACUAGAAUGAUUUAGUACAAGAUUCCAUAGUCUUAUGGUCACUAAAGAGCAGAGUUCAUUCAUCUAUUCACAAAACCACCCUUAGGUUUUUAAACAGGACAUGUCUUGAGCACUCCAGUGUUAGAAAUGUGUCCUGCUUUUUUUUUAUAGGAUAACUCAUUUUUUGAAGAAAUCCACAGAUUAACUACUAUCAUAUAUACAUAUAUGAUAGUUUUGUUUUUUAUUUAAACAAUGAUUACAUUCUCAUGGUUCAAUCAAUCUGCAACUCAUAGCGCUGUUGUUGAAGUUUCAUCUGCAAAAUCCAAAAUUUUGUCCAUUCAGUAUUUUUGAAUUGGUUGUUAAACUUAUAUACAAAGUAUUUUAACAGUUUUCUCAGUGUCAUCAUAUUCAUCAUCAUCAUUUAUUUAUCUCUGCCAAGAACAGAAACAAUUGCAUGUUGCUCACAUUGCAUUUAGUAUCAUUUUUGGCAUCAGCCACAUUCAAUAUAUUUGUAUAUACAACAAAAGCUGUUUCUCAUAAUCAUAUUAUCAUAUAUAUUGCAUACUCUGUAAAUAUAUGGAUAUACAUGCAUAAAUUAUGCUGUUCGGAUAUAUACUUUAUCGCACAUAGAUAUUUUCGAUCGAAGAGCGGAAUAGUUUUUCUUAGCUGCAGGUCCACAUUCCAGGCUAAGAUGAAAAGAAAGUUGUCCCCUAAUCUACAAUUGGCUGGACAAGUGCAGUACAUGACUGAUUUUAAUACUAUAAGUGGUACCUACCCCCUCUUCUCUUUUACUUUGGGAUUUUCUUUGGUUGAUGUGGGUGAACUUUUUUUUACUUAAAAAAAAAAGUUAAUCUACUUUAGUCAUGAUGCAAAAUUACAUUCAGGACAAAUCUGGGCACUCAAAUUAUUGGAAACCCUGUGGACUUCUGCCUUGUAUCCAAGUCUGCCAGAUGAAGUAUGCAUAGUCUUAUGUGAUGAAUGCUCGACACCAUCUUAAUACAUCAACCCUUCUUGUAUAGUAUAUACAGUCAAUCAGAAUAUUUUUCAAAGACCACCCACGAUCCUUAGUUUUGGUAUUGCACUGAGCUGCAAUAGCCGAGUUGGAGUUCCCUCAUCAGUACUCCACAGUCUUGCCUUUUGCAACUUUUGAGAUUUGCGCUGGGUGAUAACGGUAGUCAGCAUCAACUGACUUGAUGUUAUGAACAUCAUUGCACUUGGAAUUGCUCUGGCUCAGAGUAGCAAGAAGUAAGUUGAAACUUUCUUACUACUUGUAGCACAUUCAAACCUCUUUGACAUGUCAAGUCAGAUCUCACAUGUGCCUCGAGCAAUCUUGAUUGCUAAUUCUUGUAUCUCAAAAAUAUGAACUUGGUUCUUCUUGAUAUACCUGAUCAUAUAAAUGUCCGUUUUAUCCUUGCUAAAUAAUAUCAUUGAACUACUUGUUAGAAACUUCUGCCCCCAGUUUCUUUCUCCUCAAUUUCGGCUGCAGAAUAAAAUAUAUGUUUUCCUGUGUCUUUGAUAUCAUUCUACUCCAUAAACCAAAUUUUUUAUUUCUAUCUUUUAGUCACUCUUCAGCCAAAAUUAUUGUCCUUUACUUCUUUCAGGUUUCAUAUUGUAUUGUAUUUGGACAUAAUUAAAACCUCAGCAAACUAUUGCCGUUAAAAUAAAGCCAUGCUUGUCAACUGCAUGUAGCUUUGCAAUGGAAUGUAAUUUUUUGCUUCAAUUUUCAGAAUGCAUUGCCUCAACUAGGUGAGGAUCUUGUAUCUUUCUUGGAAUCUGUGAAGCCCUCUUGAACCUAGUAUUUUUCAUGUGCAGAGGCCUCAGUAGAUGGACUCAUAACUGAAGCUUAGGGGAAUUCAUGAACCAGCACUUUGUGUAUUCCAUUAUUUCUUGCAUCAUUUUUUGCAGAGGCUGCCUAUAUGUGGACUCAUAGCUCAAGCUGAGUAAAAUCAUGAAUUAACACUAAGUCUACUCCUUUUUGUUGCUCAGUUAUUGUGGCAUCACAUUUUUAGAAUUCAAUAUUUUUGUAACAGGAAGGGAUCUUCUUGUUCCAGAACAUGUAGUCUAUUCCAUUGUUUCUUGCAGAGGCUUCCUAUAUGUGAACACAUAGUAAAAUCAUGAAUUAACACUAAAGUCUUCUCCUCUGUGGAUCAGUUAUUGUGGCAUCACAUUUUUAGAAUUCAAUAUUAUUGUAACAGGAAGGGAUCUUCCUGUUCCAGAACAUGUAGGUUGUCGCAGCAAAGUAACCCCUUCAAGCAAUUGGGAGAAGAGAUCUCACCUUGGAACUCCGCUUGUUUCUCCGAAGUUGAUGCCACUCUUGGGAGUUGUCCUUUGUUUAGUGCACUAUUUAGAUGCUCAAGCCCAAUCGAUAAGGAUGAAAAUUGUUCUGUUCAGAUGGAAGAAACAAGCAAUCCCUGGCUUUCAGGACAUAUUAUAAGGUACGUGAAGAGAUGAUGGAUGGUGAUGCUUGAGGUCUACCAUCCAAAACUGCAUGUACCAUGGAUGAAUAUGAAGUUGGCUUUUGUUGGGUCCAUCUCCUUUGGAUGCUUCCUGCUAAAGCAAACACUACUAUCUUUGACCAUUGAAUGCCUAGUUAGUGCCCCAAACAUAUUUCCAGUGGUAGCUGUGACUCUCCAACUGAACCAAUAAAUUCCUCCAUUACCAUCACCUUUAAUUCCACCUCCUCAAUUUACUCUGUCUCCCUUCCUCCCUGUGAGUGACCAGCUUUGUUGUGCCCAUCACAGGCCAAAGGUAUGCAACUUCAUGACACUGUGUCUUUUGCAUCAGCCUCCAUGUCAAGACAAUCUUGAGCUCCCACACACUGCUCAAAAGAACAAAGAAAGAAAGCUCCUUUUUCGUUCCAACCUCAGAGGCGCGAAUGGUGGGGCUUGGCACCUCGAAGGUGCUUCAAAAAUUGGAACCUUUUGAUGCCUAAAGAGAUGGUGGAUGCAGAGCAGGAGGAAGGGAGGAGAUGAAGAACAGCAUCUUUUCAUGACCGAAAAGCAACCCAUCUCUUGUUUGCUUGCUCUUCGUUGGUUCUUAAUCCUUCGCACCUAAUGGGCGUCGGGUUCUUUGCCUUCUACCUCUCGAUAACUCUGCUGCUGAGGUGCUUGGCGUCGCAGCAGCCGAACACAGACGCCGCCUUCGUCUCUGAGUUCUUCCGGCGGAUGGGGGUGGCGCCCUCCUCCACCAAUGGCAACUCCUCCCAGGUUUGCUCGUGGAGAGGGGUCUCCUGCGAUGGCCAGACCGAGAGAGUCGUCAGCUUGGUGGCUCCCGGCUUCGGGUUCGCCGGCCCGAUCCCGGAAAUCACUAUCGGAAAGCUCAGCGUACUCCGAGUCUUGGAUCUCGGCGACAACAACAUCACUGCUCUUCCUUCAGACUUCGGGGAAUUGAGUGGUUCCCUCAGAAGCCUCAACCUCUCCUCGAACGAGAUCUCGGGGCCGCUUCCGACCAACAUCGGCAACUUCAAGCGGAUGGAAAGCCUCGACCUUUCGCGCAACCGGUUCUCAGGGGAGAUCCCGAGCGAGGUCCGCUCGCUGUCGAGCCUGCGGGUCCUCAAUCUCAGCAAGAACUCGUUGGAGUCAAGCAUUCCGAACGCCAUUCUCGGAUGCGUCUCCCUGGUUGCAGUUGAUCUUUCCAGCAACAGGUUGAGCGGGAGCGUCCCCGAUGGAUUUGGCGCCACUUUCGCAAACCUAAGCACCUUGGAUCUCUCAGAAAACGAGAUCAGCGGAAAGAUGCCAGAUUUAUCCGGGUUGAAUUCGAUCACCUAUCUCAAUCUCUCUGGCAAUCUUCUCCGGGACUUGGAUCUCGGGGGAAUCCGAGGCCCGUUGCAGGUCAUCGACCUUAGCAAUAACCAGUUCCAUGGCCUCAUCUCCCAGGUGAACACCAGCUCCAUCUCCACCUGGUCUUCUCUGGUUUACCUUGACGUGUCGAUGAACGAGCUCACCGGAGAGUUCUUCUCCGGUCUGGGGGAUUUGAGGUCACUAAAGCAUCUCAACCUUGCAUUCAACAAGUUCUCCAGCCAAGAAUUCCUUCACAUAGAAAUGCCUUCUGCCCUACAGUAUCUCAACUUGUCCAAGACCAAUCUCACUGGCCAAAUUCCACCUGGGAUCUCUCAAUUGCAUGACCUGAAGGUGUUUGAUGUUUCGCAGAAUCAUAUCACUGGCAAGAUCCCUGAGCUAAGCACUGGGAACCUGCGAGUGAUAGACCUUUCAGUGAACAAUCUCACAGGUGAAAUCCCAGAGUCCUUGCAACAGAAGCUAUCCAGUAUGGAAAGGUUCAACUUCUCCUACAACAAUCUCACUUACUGUGCCGAGAAAUUUUCGCCGGAAACACUCAUUUCGUCAUUCAUUGGGUCACAAAGUGACUGCCCCAUUGCAGUCAAUCCAGAUGGUGUUGGAUCCAAGGGUAGCAAACGCAGGGCUCUCAAGCUAGGACUGGCCAUAGCUUUCUCGGUGUUCUUUCUGUUUGCAGGGCUCAUCUGCCUUGCCGUUGCAUGGCGAAGGAGGGGGAAAUCCUGGGCAAUUAAGCAACCAUCGUUCAAAGAGGAGCAAAAUGUCUCUGGCCCCUUCCGCUUCCAGACCGAUUCGACUACUUGGGUUGCCGAUGUCAAGCUUGCUACUUCGGUGCCUGUUAUCAUCUUCGCGAAGCCAUUACUGAACUUUACCUUUGCUGACCUCUUGAGUGCAACCUCCCAUUUUGAUCAAGGAACCUUGUUGGCAGAGGGAAAGUUUGGACCAGUCUAUCAAGGAUUUCUACCUGGAGGAAUCAAUGUUGCUGUGAAGGUCUUGGUUCAUGGAUCAGCAGUGACAGACCAGGAAGCUGCCAAAGAGCUUGAGCGGCUCGGCCAGAUCAAGCACCCCAAUUUAGUGCCCUUAGCUGGUUACUGCUUAGCCGGGGAUCAAAGGAUUGCUAUAUAUGAUUACAUGGAUAAUGGAAACCUACAGAAUCUACUUCAUGAUCUACCACUGGGUGUGCAGUCAACUGAAGAUUGGACUAGUGAUACAUGGGAGCAAGAUAAUGCCGAUGCGCAAAGCAUCACGACGGAAGGGAUGACUACUUGGAGAUUCCGACACAAUAUUGCAUUAGGUACUGCAAGGGCAUUGGCAUUUCUCCAUCAUGGAUGUUCUCCCCAGAUAGUUCACAGAGAUGUGAAGGCAAGUAGCAUCUAUCUUGACUCGGCACUGGAGCCUAGGUUAGCUGACUUUGGACUAUCAUGUUUAGUUGGGGCUAGCAUGGAGGGUGAAUUGUCUCAAGGAUCACCAGGUUAUGCUCCUCCAGAGUUCUCUGAGCCAGAAAAUGCAUCUGCAACAACGAAAUCCGAUGUUUAUGGGUUUGGGGUGGUGCUGUUUGAGCUUCUUACAGGGAAAAAACCAAUUGGAGAUGAAUAUGCUGGAGACAAAGAGACUACUUUAGUCGGUUGGGCGAGGGCUUUGGUUAGAAGAAACGAGCUCACAAGAUUAGUUGAUCCAAAGAUUCGUGAAACGGGACCUGAGAAACAAAUGGAGGAAGCACUAAGAAUUGCCUAUCUAUGUACAGCUGACUCACCGUCGAAGAGGCCAUCCAUGCAGCAGAUUGUUGGUCUUCUGAAGGACAUUGAGCCUGCCACAAUUUAGCACUGAAUUGUUCAACACUUCCAACUUCGAUUCAGAUUUCAGGUCUUUGCUCUUCUCUUUUCUCACUUGUUUUCUGCUGUCUCCACUACAUCAUCUGAACAAAGGGCUUGCUAUCACACUCGGGUCACAUUCUCUAUUAACCUUCUAUGAACUACUUCAUGUAUCUCUACAUUGGACAAUCCUUUCAUCUAUGACAAAUUAGGUAGUGUCCCUUAAAGCUACUAGAAAAGCAACCUUCAAUAUAACCCUCUGUUCCCUUGUCAAUGAUACAUAUUGCUCUUUUAACCUCAAAUGACAGCCACUGACUUGUCCCUGACUAGUGAA